UUUCCACCAGGAUUUGAAACUGUGAUUCAUGGCAACUUAUAAAGCUGAGAAAAACUGGACUGAUCUACAGGAAAGUUUGAAUCGUGUCCGACAACAGCUUGGUUUGAUUCCACGGGCAGAAUGGGAUAACCUUGUGUCUAGUAAUCCUCCGCUGCAUGUCCAUUUAACCAGUCAGCGUGACGGACGGAAGGUGCACUCCCCAUCAAACCUGCCCAAGAUCCACACCAAUCUCAGACGGAUUUCCCACCUAAUGGUCCCUCCACUGUUCAAUGGAAAGCCCAAUGACAAAAAAGAAACUCUGAGGAAGCAGGCACUCAGUCAACGACAACCUUCCAGUGUUCCAGAUGCUGCCACAGUUCUUUCCUCUGAUCUCCCAUUGGAGGAACAUCCAACAUCCAGUUUUGUCAGGGAAGGCCAUUCGUUUGCUUGGAACUUUGUCAAUUCAUUCAUUUUGGAGAUGCUUCAAGAUGAGUUGGUGCCUGAUACCUUGAUGGAAGUGCUGUCAGAUGAUGCUAAUAAGUGUGCUCCUGCAUAUUCACCGACUGGGAAGAAUUUCGACAUCAAGGGUAAACUACCGCAGACAUUGAAACCGGCUAUAUUGAAGCAGCUGCCAGCUGUAUCAAUAUUAGACACGCUCCUGGAGGAAGCAGUCGGUGAGAUGACUGUGGGAUUGAUCCGAAGAGUUAUUGAAAAAUUUGUCAAAAACUGCCUGAGCAACACCGCCAUUGAUGAAUCUGUGACAGAGCUAAUAGCGGAGACGAUUGAGCCAAUGGUGCCAUGGCUUGUGAAAGAAGCUGUAAGUGAAACAUUGGAGGGAAUCCUGCAGGAAAAUAUCCUUUCGGAGGUACUGGAUGAGGAAAUGAGGAACAUCGCAGUGUUACUGCUGAGUGAAUAUGACACUGAAACAUGUGAAGAGCAGCAGCAGGCUAUGAGGACAAAUGCUGACAUGAGACUCCUUGCUGUACUCCUCCAGGAGAAUCUGUUGAAGAUUCUUGGGAACCAGGGGAGAAGAUUGCCUGAAAAGAUUGAGCUGGACAGGCUAUUAGACAGUGCUGGAUGUGAUUUUGACAGAGCUAAGUGAACACAUGGACAAAGACUUGGCUGAUCUCUUCUGGUACGAACGGCAAAUGGAGGAGACAGACUUAAUCUCAGACAGUGGUUAUCAUGGAGUCUGAGACGGGGCGAGCUAUCCAAGUGUGUAGGUCUACAGCUGUAAACCAUUACAUUUUUGCAAUUUAUCUUUUGAACUUUCAGUAAACCAGAACUGAAGUCUUAUUUUGUAAAUGUUGAUUUUAAUCCAAAAGUGGUUGUGUUUUAAAGUUAAACUGGUCAAUUAUAGAUGUAUUUUCUAGCCAUAGAUUUUGUUUUACCCUGUAUCCGAGGAUUUCAGACGUAGCUGUGGUUUUGACUGGAUAUUCUUCCCCUCUGUUCCUGAUGUUUACAUCAGGAUUCUUUUGGCAUUGUUUAAAAGGAGGAAUUGACUGUAUUGAACCUGAUGACCCUUAUCCUGCAUGGUGGAGAAUAACUAGCCUUGCAUGGGGUGGUCAGUGAACUAAUGUUUGAUUUUGAUAAGCAGAGUACAUGUGAGAGACAUUAUCAUGGAUUGGUCAACAACUUGGUACAAGUUUUGAUAACUCUGCAAGAGGGAACACUCACAUUUUGAUCAGACCUUCUGUUUUGACAAAUUCAAAUGGAAGUCUUGAACAAUUUGGAUGAAGCCACAAAUUUGGCACACUAUUUCAUUGCUACAGCCAAGUUGAGGGGGGUGGGGGUGUUGACUGCCCAGAGUACCCAGCCGCAUGUGCUGCUUUGUGGAGACUUGAUUGUACGUGCCAACUCCAUGUCUUAUCGUUUUAGAGAUUUGACUUGGACAUAUUAACUUAUAGUUCUUUUUACCGUUUUGGAUCCUGUUUGGACCAGGUUGGGGUUCAUAGAUUCAUACAGUGCAAACAAGACCGUUCAAUCCACCGAGUCUACACUGACAUAAUGACCACUAAAAGUGCGCAAAUCCCAAUUUCCUGCAUUUGUCCCAUACCCUUGAAUGAUAUGAUAUUUCAAGAACUAAGCGAAAUAUUUUUCAGAAGGUUAGAGGGAAUCCAGCCUCUUCUACCUUCCCAGGCAGUGCAUUCCAAAUUCCCACAACCUGCUGAGUGAAAAAGUUGUUGUUUUCUCCUAACACCCUCUGAAUCUCCUGUUCCUUACCCCAGAACUAUGCCCUCUCGUGAUUGACCCCUCAACCAAGGGGAACAGCUGCUCUCUAUUCACCCUGCUCAUACUGCUAAUAAUCUUAUAUCAGUCAUGUCCCCCUCAGUCUUCUCUACUCUAAAGAAAACUAUCCAAGCCUGUCUAGCCUCUCCUUUAUAGCUGAAUUUCUCCAUCACAGGCAACAUCCUGAUGAACCACCUCCGUACCCUCUCCAGUGCCAGCACAUCCUUCCUGUAAUGGGGUUUCCUUGUAAUAUUUGUGCUAUGAAGAAAGUUGCAUUUCUUCCUUUAUAAAAAGUGUUCUGCUUCCUUUAAAUUUUCUUCCUUUUGUAAAUUAGCGUUUAUUAUUUUGUUCUUGUUAUAACAUAAUAUCCAAUAAAAUGGUUGUCUUAACACAUUUGUGGGAAUUGUCACUCAUUCCUGUUACAUUCAGAGUGCAAUUCUUAAUCUGAGGAAGAAUCUGCAACAACUCUGUCCUCGCUGUACGUGGAAUGUUGGGGUGACUCGGCCUGUUUAUCUUGGUCCAUUACGUCUGGCCUGUGAAUAUUGGUCAAAGGGCAGUAUUUACCUUUUAGAGUCAAUAAUGUUACCUCCAGUGAGAUGAAUUAACUGUUCAGAUCUACUCAAACUUAGGGCUCAGCUCCUUCACUGUUGGCGUUUGGUGCACAAAUUUGGGAAAAGUUCAGAAAUGAUAAGAGCCCACUUGACCAUCCGGACUUAAACUGCAUUUACUAGUUUACCAAUUAUUAGUCACAUCCACAAUGUAGGUAGCCUAAAGUUAUCACCGGUGUGUCCAGUCAUGUUAUUGUGGCUAAUCUUUACAGAGAGAAUCGCUAGCCUCAAAAUAGGAGCAGAAACAACUAUUCCUGAGAUAGCUUAUCUCCAGCGUCAAUGAAAUGACACUCACUUGAACUCCCAGGAUUCUAGGGAAAUGUCAGAUAUUUGAUUUUCUUUGGCAUCACACAAUUGCCAUGGAGAACAUAAGUUAUGAAAUCCAGUUCUUUAUUGUUCACCUGUGCCUUGAAGGGCAUCAGAGAUUUGUUGGCCAAUGUUCCUGAAGAACUCGGGCACUUGUUGCCAGGUCC